AGGAUUACAUGUCGGAUGCCUUUAUCAAUUUUCAGUAAGACGUCUCUCAGGAUCUGCGGUGGGCCUCACCAGAGUCGGCAGGAUGUCAAGCCUGGUCUGAAGUUAAUUGUGGAAAAAUCAGAAAGACACCAUGAGAAAAAAGUUGAGCAGAAAAAGCCGCCGACUCGUGUGAACCGUGCAGCACUGGAGGAGAGACGUGACUCCAUGCUACAGUGCUCGUUGGGGAGUGACAAUAAGGGCUUUGCAUUGCUUCAGAAGAUGGGGUAUAAAGCAGGCCGUGGUCUCGGCAGGAACGAAACUGGGAUUAUUGAACCCAUUGCACUAGAGAUCAAAAAAGGACGUGGUGGAAUUGGCCAUGAGAGAGCCAAGAAACGGAAAGCUGAGGAGAGGAUGGAACAUCGAAAACAAAUGUUACAAGUGAAAAGACAAGCCGAGAAGUUCGCCUAUAAUGAUUAUAGAGUACGUUUCAGAUUCAAAAAAGACCAAAAUCAGAUGGAAGGUGAUUUACGGAAGAGCCAGUUUGCUUGUCAACAACUGGAUGAAAAGAAGGGUAUAGAUAUCCCAGAGCAAACUUGGUACUGGGUGCCCACUGAUCAGGAUGAGGAAGAAGAUGACCAGGAUACAAACCAGGAUGACCAGGACAUUGGGAAGAUUGAAGCUACCGAGGAGAAACUACAAGCAGUGACAGACUAUCUCAGAAAGACCUACUUCUACUGUAUUUGGUGUGCAAUUUCUUACGAAGGUAAGGAGGACCUGUCCAGUAACUGCCCAGGAAACUGUUCAGCUGACCAUUGCUGACUGUCCCAACAGCACUCAGAAUGCCAAUGGCAGCCCUUGAUGCUCUCCAGAGCAAGUUUGCUGAAGCUGGAAAUUAAGUCAUGUCCUGAAUGCAAACAAGCUCAUAAAGUACGCAGGUCAUCUCAGCUCUUGAGGAUUAGCGGAACAAGAUGUUCUACCUGCCGUUUUAAAAGAAAUUAGCAGAAAGAUAAACAAUGUCAAUUCCGCUGAAAUUCCACAACUGUCUAAUUUUCCCAAGUUUUCUGACCAACAGGCAAGCUGUAUCUACAGUAUAUCUUCGCUAUCCAUUUAAAAUAUUUCAGUGUAUUUAUUGAUCCAUAUCAGGUAGCUUUAUUUGCUUGUGAGCUGUUCACAGUGAGGGGUUUGGGUAAUGUAAUAUAAUAUCCAUCAAACUUAAACUGCAUCAAGGUCAUAAAAAAACAAAGUGCUGGAACUCUCAGCGGAACAGGCAGUAUUUGAGGAGGACAUGGAUAGGCAACGUUUUAACCCAAAACAUCUGUCCAUGUCUUCCAUAGAUGCUGCCUGACCCACUGAGGUACUCCAGCAUUUGUGUUUUUUAUUUAUAAACCAACAUCUGCAGUUUCUUGUGUCUCAAUUUUACUGUAUCAAGGUUAUUCAGACUAAUUGUGAGUAUUACAUUUCAGAUUCCUGAUUGACAAUCUUUCCAUCUUUAUUAAAGAGUAACACUCAAAUGAUUGUUGGACUAGAUUCAUGUAUAUUAAUUUGGUUAUUUUUAAGCUCCAUUGCCGGUUUCUUGGCUGUCUAUUCCCUACUGUUCUUUUGCCAUUUAAAUUUGUAUAUUUAUAUUUUACAAAUAAACACAUUUUUCAUUCA